UUGAACUCUUUAGAAAACUGCACAUUAGAUCCGCAUAUAACAUUUUUAAUGACCUGAGCACAUUAUUGGGUGAUCAGAUCAGUCCUAAUGUAAAGCUUAACAAACUGAUGUUUAUUGAUUUUACAUAUUUUGUGAUUUGAAACAUAUGUUCAAAAGUUUGAAUACCGAUAUUUUUCGUUAGAACUGAAAAGAAUUGACUAAUAGUUCUUCUAUAGUAAAGUGAUGCUUAAAAAAUGUUUUGUUGACAAUUUUUAAUACUCGUAAAUUCAUAAACACGGUUAUAUAAUCACUGGAAUGCGUAGGUAAGUCAAGCAUAUGUCUAUAGAUUUGAAGCUAGCAGAACCAACCCAGAUUUUUUUUUUUUUUUGAUAAAUAUCAAAUUAAUUAAAGGAAUGACAAAAUAGAGUCAUUUACAGAUGAUGAAUCGAUCUAUUUAAAGGCAUAAAGAAAUGGAAUAAAAAAGCAUGACCCUGAAUAUGCAAGCAAUAAGGACCGAUGAUGACCCAUAGACUUCACCUCCCUUGCUGUCUACGAAAGACUCAGAUUCUCCCUUAUCUAGCCAUACACUGCAAACCAUUUUCUUAGUAGCCCUUCAUACUUAUAAGAACCAUGGUAACCUAGCGCCAAGAUACGGUUACAAAUUGUUCUGUCUAUAUGUCUGCACAGCUGGCCUGUAUCCAACCAGCUCGUUUUGUGCAUCCGUGCAUUUCUCUCUCUCCAAACAAAAUAUACGGUAACCUGAAACACUAGACGAAGUAGUAUGUAAUCCAUAGCGGGCAGAGUGGCAUCAUGAAGGAGGACCAGAGUGUCUGACCAAUCCAGUGUUGCUCGGUCUCCUAUUAUGCCUCCCACACAUCUUAGCCAGACUGUAUAAGUAUAAGGGCAAGCGAAGUAGAGAUGGUCUCGAGAUUCAUCUCUUUCUCCACAGAAAACACAUCUUCGCUCUUCUAUGCCCCAUUUUUUCAUCCUGACGCCAGUAGAUAGAUGGUCCAACACAGCCAACCAAAUAAUGAAAGAAAAUCUAGCUACUCCCUGAUAGAACCAGAUAAUUUGAGCCCAAGAGACCUUAUUUCUUUUAACUCAGAAGUUGUUCCCAGGUCUUCCAAGAAGAGAAAGAGCUUGUGUAAACCAAGAUUUAGAAGACCAAAACCAUUUUACAAUAAAUAUUAAUAUUUCUCUUACAGACCAUAACCAUUUAUAUAUAAUGGCUCUACAAAAUUUGGGUCCAAAAAUAAUAUUGCAUCGCGUUUUUUUUUCUCAAGACCGUCCUAUAAAUUCAGAUCAGAUAAUCCAAUUCGUAUUUUUUUAAUUAAAUAAGAUUGAGUUCUGAUCUAUUAUUAUUCACUACCAAGAACUUUGUUGCAUGUUCUAAUAUCUCUGGGCUUUAUAUAUGGCCUCCUAAAGACGUUGGGCUUUAUAAAAAAUGGUCUUAAACAAAUUUACGAUAGGUCGAUUACCAUCGUUUUAUUGAAACGACAUCGUAUAUCUCUAAAGACAAAACUAAAAAACAGCACUGUUGGGUUUAAGCCUUUCUUCUUCAUCUUCUUCCUCGCUCAGACGCAAAACCCUAAUUUUCCAGAAGGAUUCUUCUUAAACCCAUAGCCGUCGAGAAUCCAGUCAACAUGGAGGUGGAUACAGUGACAGACUCUCGUAUCCAGAAAGUCAACAGCUUGCUAAAAGACAUUCGCAUAGAUUACGAUUCUCUCAGCAAGCCUGUGGACAGUCUCGUUUCUUCCAUUAGAGAAGCCAUUGAUGCAAUCCCCGAAGGUUUCAAGGUUACUUCAGAGUUAGCUCCCAGUUUCGUUAGAGACAUUGGAGCUGAUAAGGUGGAGUUCACUUUCAAGAAGCCUAAUGGUUUCAGUCUUUGUGGAAGUUACUCCACUCGUUGUAUGGCGAAGCCGGAAGCUUCUGUUGAUCUUCUCCUCCACUUGCCUAAGGAAUGUUUCUAUGAGAAAGAUUACAUGAAUCAUCGGUACCAUGCCAAGAGAUGUCUAUAUCUUUGUGUACUCAAGAAGCAUUUGUUGGCUUCAUCGUCCGUUGAGAAGGUUGAGUGGUCAACCUUACAGAACGAGGCUAGGAAGCCAGUCUUAGUUGUUUUCCCUGCUAAGAAAGUUGAUAACUUUCCUGGAUUCUGCAUAAGGAUAAUUCCUUCAGCGACAUCACUGUUUGAUGUUGCAAAGCUGAGUAUGAGCAGAAACAACGUCCGUUCUGUAACUGCAGAUGGUGUCGCUCAGCCAACGCCGACUUACAACUCAAGCAUAUUGGAGGAUAUGUUUCUGGAGGAAAACUCUGAGCUUCUCAAGAAAACUUUUUCUGUGUGGAAGGAGUUGGGAGAUGCUUUGAUAUUGCUGAAGAUAUGGGCUAGACAAAGGAGCUCAAUAUACGUCCAUGAUUGCUUGAAUGGAUUUUUAAUCUCUGUGAUACUAUCAUACCUUGCAACCCAUGGCAAAAUUAACAAGUCACUAAACGCAUUGGACAUAUUCAGGGUGACACUGGAUUUCAUAGCCACUUCUAAAUUAUGGGAAAGGGGUCUAUUUUUUCCACCACAGAGUGAAAGCCCUGUCUCCAAGGAGGAGAAACUGCAAUUCAAAGAGUUGUUCCCUGUUGUUAUAUGUGAUUCAUCAACACUUAUGAAUUUGGCUUUCCGGAUGACUAGUGUUGGAUUCCACGAGCUUCGAGAUGAGGCUUCUUCGACGCUUAAAUGUAUGAAACUCAGAGAUGGAGGAUUCGAAGAGGCUUUUAUGACUAAGAUCGACUAUCCUGUUAGAUAUGAUCACUGCAUUAGGUUACACCUAAAAGGGAAAACAGCAGUGUCUACAUCAGGGUUUUGUUUGGACAAGGAGUAUUGGAGAACCUAUGAGCAGAGAGUACAUACCCUUCUAGAACAAGGACUGGGUGACAGAGCAAAAUCAAUCCGCGUUGUCUGGAGAAAUUCCAAUCAUGAUUCAUAUGUGGAGAGUGGCUUCUCAGUUCUUGACAGAGAACCACUUUUUAUUGGCGUAUCUAUCAGCUCUAUCGAAAAUGCUUUUAGAACAGUUGAUAUCGGGCCAGAUGCUGAAAACAAGACAGAGGCACUCAAGUUCCGAAAGUUUUGGGGAGAGAAGUCUGAGCUAAGGAGGUUUAAAGAUGGAAGAAUAGCGGAAAGCACAGUCUGGGGGACUCAGCAGUGGACAAGACAUCUUAUCAUGAAACAGAUUGUUGAAUAUAUCUUGAAGCGGCAUCUUUCACUCUCGUCCGAUGACAUUGUACAGUUAGUUGAUCAACUUGACUUCUCUCUGAUUUACGGGGAUAAAGAUCCAAUAUCUACAUCUGGAAAUUUGCUUGAGGCCUUCGAAGUUUUCUCGCAGUGCUUGCGUGGGAUCAAAGGCAUACCUCUAAAAGUUUCUAGCGUUCAGCCUUUAGAUUCAGCUCUCAGACUCACAUCUGUGUUCCCUCCUGAACCUCACCCACUGGCUUGUGGAAAAAUUGAUGCGCAAAAACAACACAGAGUUAUGCCAUCUUGCAUACCAACAAUGGAGGUCAUGAUUCAGCUAGAAGGGUCUGGUAACUGGCCCAUGGAUGAUUUGGCAAUUGAGAAAACGAAAACUGCCUUCCUUAUUCAAAUUGCAGAGAACCUUCAGACGAUUAAGGGAAUAAGGUCCACAGCUACUGAGGAUAACGUCGAUGUGUUCAUGCGUGGCUACGCAUUUCGCCUGAGAAUCUUGCAUGAACGAGGCCUGAGUUUGGUGAAGAGAGAAAUUGGAGCUGACCCGGUGAAGCAUGUUUCCUCUGCCGAUAAAAUGCUUUUCAUUCGCAGUCAACAUGCAAGCAUGAUCAAUGGUUUGCAUGGACGAUUCCCUAUAUAUGCAUCAGUUGCAAGGCUUGCGAAAAGAUGGGUUUCUGCGCAUCUCUUUUCUGGCUGCCUGGCAGAAGAGGCCAUUGAACUUUUGGUUGCACAUGUCUUCCUCACACCUCUCCCACUUGGCGUUCCUUCCUCUCGAAUCAACGGCUUCUUAAGGUUCUUGCGAUUACUAGCAGACUAUGACUGGAUGUUCUAUCCGUUAAUUGUUGACAUAAACAAUGACUUUGGCAGAAAUGACGAGAAGGAGAUCAAUGAUAACUUCAUGUCGAGUAGAAAGGGCUAUGAAGAGGACAGACAAAACAUAAGUUCAGCCAUGUUCUUGGCAGCUCCUUACGAUAAGGCAUCAGAAGCAUGGACAACACUUUCACCAAACUUAUCGGAACUAAAAAGGUUGGUGGCUUAUGCUCGAAGCAGUGCAAACGUAUUAAGUAAGCUGGUACUGCAAGAACACAAUGAUUCUGUUCAAUGGGAGUGCCUGUUCAGAACACCUUUGAACAACUAUGACGCAGUUGUUCUUCUCCACAGAGAAAAAUUACCUUACCCACAUCAUCUUUUGUUUCCGUCGGAACUUAACCAAGGUCCCAAAGGGAAACACGUAGCACGUGGAAAGGCGAGUAAAGCGUUCAACCCGUUUUUAUUGCCUGGAGAUUUGAAGAGAAGCCCUGAGGAGCUUAAAAAGAAGUUAAUGGUGGACUUCGAGCCGACCAAGUGCUUCAUGCGUGGGUUGCAUGAAGAGUUUGGAACGUUGAAGCCGUGGUAUGAUCAUAUAGGAGGCGACGCGAUUGGUUUAACUUGGAGUAAACCCAAUUCAAAGAAACGAGAACGUGAUGAAGAGGAAGUGGAAAUUAAUCCAGUAGAGAUGUUAAAGGCGGUAGGCGAGAUGGGUAAAGGGUUGGUUAGAGAUAUCUACUUGCUCAAGUCUCCACGCUUUCUCUAAAAGCUUUCUUUUCAAAGAGUUUCGAAUCUCUUAGUUCUGAUUGACUUGAACUCAAAAUGUUUAUCAAUUUUGAUGAGUACACAUGAUAUGUUUCUACAAUACCAAUCAAACAUCUUUCUUUUAUAAAUUAAUCUCAUUCAAA